UGCUCUUCAAUGGACCGUAUUCGGACUCGACUACGGGCUAUAUUCCGACCAGAGGGCGACCAGAGCCUGCUGCGAUUACAACGCCGAAGGAAACUGGUGUCUGCACUCACGCAACGCGUGGACCUGAUCAAAUGGUCGUUUUUCCUCGUGGGCUACUUGUGGAUGCUUGCGCUACCCUCUCAGCAGCUGGGUAGGGGUAUAUAUAUCGACGAAAAUGCUCUACAGCCUGGGCAGGUCAAUACAUACUGGAAUUGGGGUGAUGUCGCAGCUGCAGACCGCUACUUAGAGCAAUUAGAAGGACUACGAGACGCUAAUGCAAGCAGCCAUUUACGCGCUUCCACUCUGGCUGCAGAAUUCAUGAAACUCGGCAUACCGGCCUCCACUCAGAAUUAUCGCUUCUCCUCCAGUGUCGGUACGGUGGAGGGAACCAACGCCUAUGCUAUCAUCUCCUCCCCACGUACUUCUGGCACUGAAGCUAUGGUCAUAAGCGCUUCUUGGGUCAGCAGAAUAGACGAAGCUAAUGGGGCACUCAAUCUCAGAGGCGUUUCAACUGUGCUUGCUCUCGCUGGGUUUCUCAAAAAAUACUCAUUGUGGGCGAAAGACAUCGUUUUCGUAGUGAGCGAUGGCCAUAUGGAUGGAAUGCAGGCAUGGCUUAACGCAUAUCAUGGGAGAACACAAUCAAACCUCGAAGCUGACGAGCUGGAGCUGACUUCGGGGGUGAUAUGGACUGCUCUCAAUAUCGAUUACCCAGGUCAUUCUUUCUCGCAUCUUGGGAUCUUCCAUGAGGGUAUCAACGGGCGACUACCAAAUCAAGAUCUUCUCAAUUCGCUCACUUGGAUUGCCAGAUGGACCGUUCCUGUCAUUAUCUACGACCACCUUGAGACCCCCCGACUCCAAAUCCCGUCCUGGAUGCCCAACUCACUCCGCGAUGAAAUCCGUACCUAUGACUAUCGCUCCAGAAAUGUAUUGCGACAUGUUAAGCAUCAGGCGCGUGGUCGAGGUAGCGGCGUUCAUGGGUUAUUCCACCAAUUCCGUAUCGACGCAUUUACCAUGUUCGCAUUGCCCGCAACCGGGCCUCACGGGUUUCACGCUCUCGGCCACAUAAUAGAAUCCACCCUUCGCACAACCAACAACCUCCUUGAGCGUCUUCAUGCCUCGAUAUUUUUCUAUAUCCUUACCGCGUCGGAGCACUUUCUCAAAAUCGGAAGUUACCUUCCAAGCGCCAUCAUGAUUAGUGUUGCGAUGAUGUUUAGCGGACUGAAAGUUUGGUCUGACUCCGCCUGGGUUAUGAGCUCGGACGAAAAGGGCAGCACGUGGAUCCAGCGUCGGCGGCCUGUCCUCCCGGUGCUCGUCAUAAUGUUCUCGACGCAUAUUCUUGGAUGCUCUGUUUUCGCAUUGACCAAGACCUCCUGGUUCAUCAACAACUUGAAGACCUCAUCCGCAAUAAUACUUGCCUUGUGUGGCACGCUCCCUCUCAGUGCCCUUUUCGUGCCGAAACAGAACCCGCAUACUGUUGCCCCGAUGUCCCAAUUACUGAAGGCCCUCAACCUGUGUUUUGCCUCCACCGUUAUCUCAAUCACCACCGUUGUCAACUUCUCCCUCGCGGCAACUCUGGCGAUUUUAUUAGGCAUCCCAUUGACUGUAUCCCUAUCUUCUUCCCUCCUCCCCUUACGACUGGGCCAAUAUGGCGCAUAUUUGUCCCUCGCAUUGGGCUGGUUAUCAGCACAAGAAGAAAUUCGAAGUGCACUCUGGGAUUGGCAGAUACUAGGAGUGUGGUUUGCCCCGUUUGUUUGCAUUGUGUAUACCCCCUUAGUGCUGCAAGCUGCCAUUGCGUGCUUGUUGCCUGUGUAA